AUGUUUGUUGGAAAAUAUGUUUUACGAAACUGUAAGAAUUACUGGAUGAGCGACUACAGAGCUUCGAAAACCACCGUGAGGUGCUUCACUAACUUGAAACCAGAUGUGUUCGAUUUGUCCAACGUGGAUGGUUACAAGUUCUGUGAAUUCUGCGAGAAGUAUGUUUCAAAUGCGAACAAACAUUGCUUCAUGUGUUCUGCCUGUACAUCCAAGGUAAAUCUUCAGCAUUGA